UCAUUUCCCAAACGGUUGGAGGAAACCGAGGCCAAGCCGCGGCCCCACGAUUCUAACUGUCAUCCUUUAUAUAGAUGCCUCUCAUCUCUACCCUCCAUCUAUCUUUCACGAAUCUUCCAACACCCAUCUAUCGCCCACUCCUGCUGUUCCUUCUUUCCCUCCCUUUCACCUUGCAUGACAACCUCUCAACUCUUUAUUAUGAAAUGCUGAGACCAAACUGUAUCCCUUCCUCUUUCUCCAACGACAGAAGACAAAGAGAGAGAAAGAGCGAGAGAUCGUCUUCCCUUGUUGCAUGUUUCUUGUGGUAAGGCUUCACUGGCAUUGAUCGACGUCAAACAAGGAAGAAGACAAUGGUUCAGAUCAGCAACAGCCUUGUGGGCUUCCUCAACUUCCUAACCCUGCUCAUCUCCUUCCCCAUCCUCGGCGCCGGGCUGUGGUUCCGUCUCCAUGCCGCGACGGAGUGCGAGAGGUUCCUGCAACUACCUCUCCUCGUGUUGGGCGGGUUCCUCCUGGUGGUGUCGGUGCUGGGCCUGAUCGGCGCCUGCUGCCGCGUGUCGUUCUUCAUGUGGCUCUACCUCUUCGUGAUGUUCCUGUUGAUCCUCGCCAUGAUCGUCUUCACCAUCUUCGCGUUCGUGGUGACGAACAAGGGCGUGGGGGAGGCGGUGUCGGGCGUGGGGUUCAAGGAGUACCGGCUCAGCGACUACUCGGGAUGGCUGCAGAAGAGGGUGGAGAACUGGGAGACGUGGAGGCAGAUCGACGGCUGCUUGAAGGACGCACAAGUAUGCGCCGGGUUUGAGGGCUUCGCUGGUCUCCAGGCCAGCCAGUUCUUCGCCAAAAACCUAUCACCCUUACAGUCUGGGUGCUGCAAGCCCCCAACAUUCUGUGGAUUCCAGUACAAGAAUGCUACUUUUUGGACAAUUCCCACAACAGGGCUUAAAUCGACAGAUGCUGACUGCAAACUGUGGAGCAAUGACCAGGACAAGCUGUGCUACGACUGUGGCUCAUGCAAGGCAGGUGUGCUUGCAACCUUGAAGACCAAGUGGAAGGCGGUUUCCAUCUUCAAUGUUGCCCUCCUUGUGUUUCUCAUCAUAGUCUACUCAAUUGGUUGUUGUGCUCUGCGAAACAAUAGAGCUAAGAGGCACGGGGGUUACUAUCCCUAUGCUCGUUGAUCUUUCCACCUUGGUUCAGUGUAUGCCUGUAACUUGUGGUUUCCUCACUCACAGAUGCUACAUUUUCAAAGUUGUAAAUGAUUGGCAUCACGUUUUGAUGGAGAUAUUUGCCAAACAACACAUCUUACGGGAGACUCUAAAGGUGGCCCAUAAACUUCAGAAUUCUACUGAAUGAAAUAACCUAUCAAUCUUUAACGGACAGGAAAAACGAAACGCAAUGUUUUCACUCCAAUCCAGGUUUUGAUAUGUAUCCACACUUAACAAAAGAGAGAAGAAAAGUAAAAGAUUUGGACACAAAAAAGCCAUCAUGUUUGCUAAGAGGUUAGUACUAAAGCAAUAAUUAAUUGAGACUGCACUUUAAACAGCAUUGAAAAAAUUUUUUGACCUUCAGAUAAGGACAUGGUUGGAGACAAAAAAGAAUAUCAUGGCCAACGCUUACCACACGAGCACAUG